GGCAGAGGGAGAGAGAGGGAGAGAGAGAGCGGGGCCACAGAGAGGAGAAACGCGAGAAAAAGAAGAGAGGAAAAACGCGGAGCCGCGUCGCAAAUGGCACUCAUGGCAGGGAUUCUGUUCACGGUCACCUUUCUGAUUUCUGGGAUUUCUGCGCUCGGUUCCUCCGCUCGGAUUUAUCCUCCAAAUGAAGUCACGUUACUGGACUCCAGGGCUGUUCAGGGGGAGCUGGGAUGGGUGGCCAGCCCGACAGAAGGAGGGUGGGAGGAAGUGAGCAUUAUGGAUGAAAAGAACAUCCCCAUCCGUACGUACCAGGUGUGCAAUGUCAUGGAGCCAAAUCAGAACAACUGGCUUCGUACUGACUGGAUCCCCCGUGGAGGUGCCCAGCGCGUCUACAUCGAGAUCAAAUUCACCCUGCGGGACUGCAACAGCCUGCCAGGGGUCAUGGGAACCUGCAAGGAAACCUUCAACCUUUACUACUACGAGUCCAACAAUGACAAAGAGCGCUACAUCCGCGAGAACCAGUUCAGCAAGAUAGACACCAUCGCUGCUGACGAGAGCUUCACUCAGGUGGAUAUCGGGGACCGCAUCAUGAAGCUGAACACGGAGGUUCGGGACGUGGGCGCCCUGACAAGGAAGGGUUUUUAUCUGGCGUUCCAGGAUGUCGGAGCGUGCAUCGCUCUGGUUUCCGUCCGGGUUUUCUACAAGAAAUGCCCUUUAUCCGUGCGGAACUUGGCCCAGUUUCCUGAUACCAUCACUGGUGCCGAUACUUCCUCGCUAGUGGAAGUUCGUGGCUCGUGUGUGGAUAAUUCAGAGGAGAGGGAUGAUCCUAAGAUGUAUUGCGGAGCUGAUGGAGAGUGGUUGGUGCCCAUUGGAAUCUGCCUGUGCAACCCUGGAUAUGAGGAGCGCAAUUCAGAAUGCCAAGCCUGCAAGAGCGGCUACUACCGUGCUCUGGCCACAGACGGCGCCUGCUCCAAGUGUCCCCUCCACAGCUACUCAGUACGGGAGGGCUCCACCUCCUGCGUCUGCGACAAGGGCUUCUUCCGUUCCGAAACAGACCCGGCAUCCAUGCCCUGCACCCGUCCUCCGUCUGCACCCGUCCGCCUCAUCUCCAAUGUGAACGAGACUUCUGUGAACCUGGAGUGGAGCCCCCCUCUGAGCUCCGGGGGCCGCCAGGACCUCACCUACAAUGUGGUGUGUAAGAGCUGCGGCUCGGACGGCCGCCGCUGCCAGCCCUGCGGAAACGGCGUCCACUUCAGCCCCCAGCAGCUGAGCCUGAAGGGGACCAGGGUGUCCAUCAACGAGCUGAAGGCUCAUACCAACUACACCUUUGAGGUGUGGGCGGUGAACGGCGUGUCGCCUCAGAGCCCGGGGCCGGAGCAGGCCGCGUCGGUGACCGUCACCACCAACCAGGCCGCUCCUUCUCCAGUGACCUCCAUCCAGGCAAAGGACAUCACCAGACACACCAUCUCGCUGGCCUGGCAGCCACCAGAGCGCUCCAACGGCGUCAUCCUGGAGUAUGAGGUCAAGUAUUACGAGAAGGACCAGAACGAGAGGAGCUAUCGCAUCAUAAAGACGUCGUCCAGAAGCACGGACAUCAAGAGCCUGACCCCUCUCACCUCCUACGUGUUCCACGUGCGUGCUCGCACCGCCGCCGGCUACGGCGAAUUCAGCGGGCCCUUUGAGUUCAUGACCAACUCCGUGCCGGCCCCCAUCAUAGGCGACGGGGCCAACUCCACCGUGCUGCUGGUGUCGGUGGUGGGCAGCGUGGUCCUCCUCAUCAUCCUCAUCAGUGCUUUUGUCAUCAGCCGCAGAAGGAGUAAAUACAGCAAAGCUAAGCAGGACUCUGAUGAAGAGAAGCACUUACAUCAAGGUGUCAGGAUUUAUGUCGACCCGUUUACCUACGAGGACCCGAAUCAAGCCGUCCGCGAGUUCGCCAAAGAGAUAGACGCUUCCUGUAUCAAGAUCGAGAAAGUUAUCGGCAUUGGUAAGAGGAAACAAGCGUUUUGCUUUAUUUUAUUUAAAGUUGUCUGUAAAAACCAAACGUUCAGAAAGCCAGGAUGAGAAAAAAGGAACCAUAAAGAAGCUAAAUCUGCUGUCUGUGCUGCUCCUGCACCCACAGAAAAGCAGCGGGGCGUAUUCAUAACGGAGAUGAGUAUAAUUAGUAAUAUGGAUCAUUUGAAUAUCAUUAUAAGAAAAGGCGUAGCCAGAAAAUGUAAGCCGGUGAUGAUUAUCACGGAGUACAUGGAGAACGGAUCGCUGGAUGCAUUCCUGAGGAAGAAUGACGGUCGCUUCACCGUCAUCCAGCUGGUUGGUAUCCUGCGUGGCAUUGCAUCAGGCAUGAAGUACCUCUCCGACAUGAGCUACGUUCACCGUGACUUAGCCGCUCGCAACAUCCUGGUAAACAGCAACCUGGUGUGCAAGGUGUCUGACUUCGGCAUGUCUCGAGUGCUAGAGGACGACCCGGAGGCUGCGUACACCACCAGGGGAGGCAAGAUCCCCAUUCGCUGGACGGCCCCAGAGGCCAUAGCGUACAGGAAGUUCACCUCAGCCAGUGACGUGUGGAGCUACGGCGUGGUCAUGUGGGAGGUGAUGUCGUACGGGGAGCGACCUUACUGGGACAUGAGCAACCAAGACGUGAUCAAGGCUAUUGAUGAAGGCUACAGGCUGCCUCCGCCCAUGGACUGCCCCGUGGCUCUCCACCAGCUCAUGCUGGACUGCUGGCAGCGAGAGAGAGCCGACCGGCCCAAGUUCGGGCAGAUCGUAAACAUGCUGGACAAGCUGAUCCGCAACCCCAACACCCUUAAGAGGACAGGGGGGGAGGCCGCUGCCAGGUGAGGGAGCAGUGACGCUAAAACUGA